AUGACAGGUUUGACUAACUUUGAUAUGGUUACUAUUUUCAUAUUUUCACAAACAUGCAAUAUAUGUCGUAGUGUACUCAUAUCUGGCAUGGCCGUAAGCAACGAACAAGCACGAGCUGCAGCUUCUGUAGGACGUGACUUAGUGAGCUGUGCAUGCUCGGAUAUUGCUUCCUGGUUCGCAGCGGCUGCAAGAGACUUACACCACAGUUUAGUACCACCCGUUGACUUAGUACUGCAUGCAUAUAAACAAGAUUUAAAAAAUGUGGAAGCCUUAUUGGGUGGACCUAUUCAACAAGCCAUAUCUUCUGAGAGCGGCAUUGACUUGGUUUUCGAUUCUUUACUAGAUAUUAUAACAGAAAGUGAAGACCUGUCAUCAAAAAUUUCUUCGCUUAGAGAUGUUACAAUCAAAGCAGGUACUUUAGCUUCUGUCGCCUCUGACAGAAUCAAAGACUUGGGUCGUCAGCUUGAGAACCUGAAGAAACAUUGUAAUUUAAAAGACGCGCCUCUUUGUGACACCAUUAAUACAUAUUCUUUGGAGUUGAAAAUGAAAUUCAAUUUGAUCCUUCAUCAGGAGCAACUGUUAGAAAUGCGCAGCUUAGGAGUCGAGAAUUUAACUCAAGCAAUAUCAACAGCACGGCAAGAGUUCAAAUCUUUGCCUUCAGCGAUAAUGGCACAAACAACUCAUGUGAGAGAAGAUAUUCUCCGGGACGUAGAAAUCAGGAGACAAGCUGUUCACAGUUCUGCUAAAAUAUUAAGCGAUAUUGUCCGCCAUCUUACAUCGGGACUACAUGCAAUCGCGAGACAAUUGGAGUCGGGACUUGAUAGAGUGCAGAGAUAUGAGUUUGCGCGGUGGAUAUUCAUGCUGGCAUGCCUUAUUACUCUCGGUUUUGUAAUGUUGCUUAUACUAAUGGCUAUGCUUUGUGGCUGUGGUAAUGCCAAGAACCACGGAAGAAGAACAUUAAAGGUUUCAGCGGUUUGGUUAUGCUUUACCUCUCUCUUAUUGUGGGGCAUUGUGUCAGCUGUAUUUCUAAUAUCAGGUCAUGCAGAGGUCUAUGUUUGCCACGCUCUAUGGGAUUCUCCACAGUACAAUACUCUCACUGCACUGCUAGAUCGACCAUCACCACUUUUAGGCAAUAAUGAAGGUAUUUUCGACGCCAUGUUCAGAGAACUGGAGAAUAUAACUAUAGACGUUUCAGUGAAAGACAUGUUGAGGCAGGUGAACCCAUUCUAG